GUGGUACAACAGCAUAACACGCCGACGAAACUCGUUUUAGUACUCGUCAAUGUUUAAUCGAACAGAGAGCAUUAUGUGGAAAAUCGCGGUCUGCCUAACAUUUAUCGUCAAAAGUGCUUUUCCAAGUGAAAUAAACCAUAAGGGCCUAAACAAGACAGACGAGCCAAUAGCAACGGUAGGGUCAAGCAGUGCACCAGUGGCAAUAUUGAGCACGACGCGAAAACCGUUGCUUUCGAACUUUCGACUGCCCUGUUCCUGUUUCGAGGGACAAUGCGGAUGUUGUACGGGAUACAUCCUGGAUAGGUUUAACCAGAAAGCUUGUGUGAAUAUGACUUAUGAACCGGAGGAGUUCGCCGUGCGGGCCGUCAUGUCCCUUAAUGGAGUGCCAUUUCUCGAAAGGGAAAUUUCUGGUAAAAACCCGCCUCCGAUCUGUAUAAGACCCCCCCGGUUCCGCUUUAUAAAAGUCUGCAUGGAGUUCUCCAACGUAUACUUCACCGACAGGAACAUGCAUUUAUGCAUGGAUGCUGAGGCUAAUUGGGAAGAUUUCACCCUGCUCGAAUGGUCAUUUGAUUGCGUCAGAUUGGGGAUGUCGGGGGUGCAAGUGGUCGGGGCUGAAGAUGGUGGAGGCAUCCCAGAGAAACCUAUUAAUGCGAUCGACCAAACUGAUGAGGAUUACGAUGAUAGUGCUAGGAAUAUUCCUAGUAGCAGUAAGAACAUUAUUUUCCAUAGAAGCCUUUAUAAGUUGAAGGGGAGAGCGGCUAGAGAGGGAGAGGUGUCAGUCACAAGAGACAGAAGAGGGAAUUAUGUACUCUACGUUCCAUAAUAACGUCCUCUAUCUAUAUGUGUGUGUGUGUACGUACUUCUUGUGUAAUUAACUUAUUAAACAACAUUUAAUUCAGUUUGUCCAUGAGUUUCAAAUGCUUCACAGCGCCGUGUUUGUUUUAGGCAAACCAGUCGAUGUGUGCACUGCUUUCGGGAAAGACGUACGUGGCAUAUCAAUACCAACGUGGGCUAAAUUAUCGAAAAGCGAGUGGUAUAUGAAUUAUGCAUGUGGGAAAUAAUAUUUGGGUGUUUUUUUUUUGGAAUCCACUUGUUGGAAUAAAAUUUUUUUUUAUGUUCUUUGAUAGGAAAAAAUCAAUUAGAUUAGGUUGACAUUA